GGCGCCGCUCUGGCCGCCGCUGCCGCCUCGUUGGCGCCGGCGCGGUUGUGGCGGGCCGCCAUGGACCGUAACCCCUCGCCGCCCUCCAGCGAGGCGGAGGAGGAGGAGGGCGACGCGGUGGGGAACACGGUGUACAGCAAGCACUGGCUGUUCAGCAUCCUCACCCGCCUCAUCGAGGUCAUUAGCCCCGAGAAGACGGAGCCCACCGUGAGUCCCGGGGGAAUCCAGACGGAGCUGGAUGAAGAGAUGGAGAAUGACAUUUGCAGAGUGUGGGACAUGUCGAUGGACGAGGAUGUUGCUUUAUUUCUUCAGGAGUUCAACGCCCCUGAUAUAUUCAUGGGAGUUUUUGCCAAGUCAAAAUGCCCUCGCCUUACUGAAAUCUGUGUGGGAAUAUUAGGAAAUAUGGCCUGUUUCCAAGACAUAUGCAUGUCCAUCAGUAAAGAUGAGAAUCUUGGCCAAGUGUUAUUGCAACGUUUGUGUGAUUCAGACUCCCCAACUCUUCUGGAAACAAGCAGGUUGUUGUUAACUUGCCUCUCCCAGCCUGAGGUGGCCAAUGUGUGGGUUGAGAGAAUCCGAGAGAACCCUUCUGUGUAUGACUGUGUUUGCUUUAUCAUGUCCAGCUCUACAAAUGUUGAAUUGCUGGUAAAAGUAGGUGAAGUAGUGGACAAACUCUUUGAUCUAGAUGAAGAGCUAAUGUUAAACUGGAUUAAAAAUGGCACUUGUCGGUCUGUGGGACCAUCUGUAGAUGACUCCCCUGAAGAACUUCCAGAUUUUAAGAUUGUGCCCUGUAUACUUGAAGCAGCCAAACAAGUCCGAUCAGAUAAUCCAGAAGGACUUGAUGUUUAUAUGCAUAUUUUGCAGCUCCUGACCACAGUGGAUGAGGGUAUUCAGGCUAUUGUGCAGGCUCCUGAUGGAGGAAAAGAGACUUGGAGUUUGCUUUAUGACCUCGUUUGCCAUGAACUUUGCCAACCAGACGAUCCACCAAUUAUUGUGCAGGAGCAGAAGACUGUAUUGGCCUCUAUUUUGUCCGUGCUGUCUGCUAUGUUUGCUUCACAGACAGAACAAGAAUAUACCAAGAUGAGGAAAAAUAUGCCUCUGAUUGGGAGCUUGAUUCGUAUCUUACAAUACAUGGAGGGCUGUGGGAAGAGAUCUGUUGAUAAUUCAAAGGAGUCUGAACAAGGAGAGACUGGAAGGGCCGAUGUAAAUGAGGAAGAUUUCCAUUUAAAAAUUUUGAAGGAUAUUUGCUGUGAAUUACUUUCCAAUAUGCUUCAAGAACUGACCAAGGAAAAUACGUUAGAAGGACUACACCAGGGACAUUUAAAUGAACAGACAUGUUCCUGUGCGUUUCAGAACCUCUUACCUCUGUAUUUCGCAUCGGUGGAGAGUUUCCUUGAAGUUCUGCGUGAGGCUGAUCAGACACUUGCUGACAAUCUAGAAAAACGUUUCCCAAGCCUGAAGGUUCAUGCCUAAGAAUGUACCUGAACUAUUUUCCUUCUUUGGAAUGAAGAUUUUAGACUGUUUCAUUACAGUGUUUCAGAAAUCAACUUUUCAGAAAAUGCAGGAGAAUGAGACAACCUCCUUACCAACAGGUGGCUUUUAAGAAGUGUUCCAGGUAGCCCUGAUUAACCUAAGGUUAAUCUGGUCUGUAUGGGGAAGGAAAUUACUGUAAAUUCAAUUUUGCAUCUUCCAUCCUGUUUGCUCUGGUGAUGAGAGACUGUUGAUUUCUAAUUGCUCUUCUGCAGCAUAGUUUUCUUUGAAUAACUCUUGAUUCUGUGCUUUUCAACUUAAGUUGAAACAACAAAAUGAAUGAAAUGCACUGAGUAGUUUUUUUAACAUGAUGCUGGUUUCUUCCAAGUUGCUGUUGGCAAAAGGAGGAUUGAUCAAUGGGAAAUCCCAGAUGUCCUCUGCCUAAGGACCUUCAAGCACCUGAUAAAAACAAGAGUUUAAUUACACAGAGUUGCAGAGUUGUUUGGGGUUUUUUUUCUCCCCCGACCUUUUAGAUCAUAUCAGUACCUCGAGCAGGUAUUGUAACAGAAAUGUUUCAUCCUGCUCCUCUAAAAUCUUCACACUUCUUACAUUGAAGCCUCUUCUACAUUGCAGCUCUGAGUUGGGGCAUCUAGGUCCUGUGCAGUCUAAAGGAUCUGAGAAUAUGGUUACCAGUGGUCUGUGCUGCAGCUUCCAACCAUUGCAGCCAGUUAUCCAGAGUUGGACUUGUAGGGCGGGUUUGGAUUUAAUCCAUGGCAUACUUGCAAACUUUCUGCUUUUUUUAAAGCAGUCUAUACUUGAGUUUAGGAAUGUAACAUAUAUCAGACAGUUCUUUCCUCAUUCCUGUGUUUUACGAAUUAUCUGUGAAUGAUAUUAGAAAUGCCAUGUUAGCCUCAGUUUUUCAGAGGAGCUUAAGUUGUUAGGCCACUUGCAGUAAAUUCAGUCUACAGUCUUCUAAAAAUCCCACUUUCAGUUAUAUUACAUUCUAACUUCAUUACAUUUUUAGAUCACCUGCCUGCGUGCAGCGCAGCUAACAUUUUCUGUGUCUGAAAAGACAGUAUAGCAACACAUCAGCUUCACUGUUUCUGUAAAUGAGAGUGCAAAACAAUUGGUCUUUACGAGGUUUGAGAUGUAAAAGAAAAUUGGGAACCAGAGCAUGGAGAAUAACUUAAUACCAUAUACACAUGUGCCCUGGCUCUCCAGGUUUUUAUAGACUUUAAGUAUUGUGCUGGGCCAUGUUUUGUUUGCCCUGAGUUACCUGUACAUGUGGUAAAAACCAGUAUGUGUCUAUGUAUAUAGCCUUUUCAUCCAAACUUCCAGUUUUCAAAAAUAGUGCAAUUUAGUCAUUCCCUUGGGCUGCCAGCAGCAUCUUAGUUGUCGGGAGGGGAUUUAGAAUUACGAGUAUCUGACUUGUGUCACCGAAAAGAAUUGCCACGGUUUCUAUCAAUUUUUGUAUGCUGUGUUUAUUGGAGAAGACUGGUAACUGUGAAUAGGAUGACAGCAUUUUUCAUACUACUUUGACAAUUUUGGGCUAUUUUCUUAAACCUACAGAUUUGUAAUAAAGUUUCUUUUUUAAAAAAAAAAAACCUGUACGCUUUCCUUCAUUCUAAGGGGCAAUUAAAUUUGUUUUCUGAGUCACUGGAAAUGUCUGUUACUCUCAAAUAUGUCAUUUGUAAGAGGAAAAUUGAACCUCUUUAUAAUGCCAAUUUCCUGUAAAAUAUGUUGUCCUUCAUUGGAUAUUCGUUUUAACUCUCUCUUGCUUUCUUUGCUUAGUCAUUUUUAUGGUCUGGAAGUUUAUGUGUCUCUCAUCCAGUCGUUAACAGUUUUCUGAGCUUAGUUUGUCCCCAGGUGUAUCAUAAGUAUCUUUAUGAUAGUCCACCAUAGUUAAGAAUUAUUUGUGGUUUGUGUCUCUUGAAAUUUGUUGCAGUUGUUGAAAUUUUGCAGUAGUUGUUUAAUGUACAAAAAAGCUGAGACAAGA